AGCAAUUCCUUUGCUUGUCAAUUCCUCUCGGCGUUGAUAUCAGAUAUCAACAGCCACUGCUCCGAUAUAAGUUCUAGCUUUCCUCCAUCUGGGAAGGCAUCUUGAUCUGAAAGAACUAAGUCCCUCCCUGUUGGACUGCAAACACGGACAGGCACAACGACGUAGAUUGUUGAGCUCCAGAAGCAGUUCGGCUUCCACAAUAUUUCUAUCUCAAGCACUUUGAAUAGCUUCAGACUGCUCCAAAACCAUGGCUUUUCAACCUACUCCGGCGGACAUUUCUGUCGCCAUUACCACGCCCAUUGCAAAUUCCAGUGCCGAGCCACGCUUGCUAACAGAGCGUCGUAUCACUCCCACUUGGAGUGUCUCGCAGCUUAAGGGCAAGCUGGAGACUAUGACAGGCGUACCUCCCGGUAGCCAGCGGCUGCUUCUCAAGUCCCCUGGUCGUCCUGACCAAUGGGUUGAAGGCGACGACUCCAUCAUUGGGGACUGGGGGUUGAUGAAGGGUUGUGAGAUUGAGGUGCACGAUACUCGUCCUCAAGCAGCCCGGCCAAAUUUCACCGACCUAUCAUCCGUCGAAAAAUACGUCCUUCCUACAUCCACCUACGAAUCACUCUCGAACUCCGUUCUAGCAUGGAAGAAGAACCAAAAACUUGGCCGGUUCGAUCCGAACGCUCUAACCCCGGAAGACUCGAUCCGUCAGCAAUCAGAGAGAGAUGCUGCUGAGAUUCAACAGAGAGCUUGUUACACUGAUCGGGGUGUUGGCUUCGCGAACUUUCCACUCGAAAAGGACCUGUCCUGGGGCUUUAAGCAGAAGAAUUCUGAUGGUUUUACUUAUCUAGGUAUUGCUGUUGAUAAACGUGCUAUCGUCUUGCCCUCGUCCCCGCCCCAUAUUCGACGAGGAACGAUUCGAUUUGUUGGUCCAGUGCCUACGAUCCCUUUCCCGGGCGUGGACCCUAAGAAGGUGCAGUUAGAUCCCGAGGCUCUCCCUCUCUGGGUGGGCAUUGAGCUUGAUGAGCCGUUGGGAAAGAACGAUGGCAGCGUAGGCGGCCAAAGGUUCUUUACCUGCCCGAAUAAGACUGGUGUUUUCGUGAAGCCUGAGAAAGUCGAGGUAGGAGACUUCCCGCCGUUGGACUUGGAUGACUUGGAUGAUGAAUUAAUGGAGGAAAUUUGA